UGAGUUCUGACGUUGGUGUGGGCGGUACGACUGUGGGCUUCGCAACACAGCAUAAGUCAAAAACGUUGGGAUCAGUCACAGGUACAAUGGGACGCAGCAGCAGUCAUGCACCGCUGGUUUGUUCAAGAGUGCGGAAUUGUUUACACUGGUGAAUGCGAAGUGUAGAAAUCGUACGAUUUUAAUGAAAAUCGACAUUGAACUGUGGGGAGCCCAGUAAUUACCUUUGGAAAGUAAGGCGACAAAUGAAACCUGAUUGUGUGGGAAGAGAGUAACAGACGUUGACACAGACAUGUCACAGAGUUGCUGUCUGUGAAAUCUUCCUAUUUGAAAGCCUCUUACGUCAGUGGCACCGUGUGUUCUGUGUUAGAACUAAUAUUGGUGAGUGCUGGUAAGGUGAUGUGUAGAGGGGGAGGAGAGGCAUCGUCCUGGUGGCGGUGAUGGUGAUGGCUGGGGUGGUGGUGGUGCUGACGCGGGUGGUGGUGCUGAGGGAUCAGGGCGGCGACCUGACGCUGCAGGAGUCCCGCCGGGUCUGAGGAGCCAUCCCCUCGGGGCUCCAGCACCUCACUAUCGCAGCCAGAAUCAGUGGAUGUGAUAAUGGCAGGGCUGUGUGGGUGCUGGAAGUUGUCCUCACACGGCCACUGCGAUGGUUGCGGGUACAAGGUGUUGCUGCGGGGGGCUCUCAACCCGGGCGGGCAACCCUUCAAGCCAGACAAGCCGGCUCAACAGCGGGAGUUCCUGCCUCAGCCGGUCCUCAUUAAGAAGGAAAAGAAAGAUGAAUCUAAAUUUUCGCCAAUCGAGACGCCCAUCAGGCAGCUUCAGUCGUCUCCCUCCCAGCACCGCCGCCACUCCCACCCGUUCCACCUGACCACCGAGGCAGACAAGCCGCAGGAAUCGCAGUCGCACAGCUUGCAGCGGCGGCACCCGCACGCCCUGCCGCAGUCUUCCGCUUACAACGUUCCGCUAGCAAGCGACCCGCCAGAGCUGUUGCAGCAUCCGUGGGCGCAAGUGCCUGCGGCCUGUGCCAGCGGGGAGGCGAGUCACCCGUGCAGCAGAUACAGUGAAGAGCGGCACGAACAGCAAUGGGGCGGGUGUCGCUUGGGAGCCGCCUACCCACACCAGAUGUUGCUCAGCACUAUGCAGCCGCCCGAGGAACUACGAGCGCCUAGCCGGCCUCCGGUCCACCCGUCCCUCCAGCCUCUGGACGCCGUCCUUCAAGACAUUCCACACAUUCCCUCACUCCCCUCAUCACCACGUCCAGGCCACAGACCGCCACCGUUCGAAUUGAGUUCGUUCAUACCACCGCUCUCCCCGAGUGUCUUCACAAAGAGCGAGGAGGGCGGCUUCUUCAGCGGGAUUCUAGCUCUUGGACCUGCCUUGAACCUUCAUACCCGCUACCACGCUCUCAGUCUAGCGAGGGCGUCAUCCAGGUCCCAUACUGACCUCAGGGAGACCACGCCCCUCUCCUCAGCCUCCACUUCCCCGAAGUCCUCCUCAGGGUCGAGGCCGAACUCCAUGUAUAACUCGUUCACCCUUCCGCCGCCUCCACCUCCUCCAAGAGCCAGGAGGUUCAGCGUCCGCAAACCUCAGGAGAGUAACCGAAGUCAACCAGCCAUCGGUCUGAAGCAGACACAGAAGGCCAGGGGACGGGUGUGGUGGACCCUCAGGAGGCGGUGGACCAGCUCUUCGGAGCCGGGAGGGCCAGGGUGGUGGAUGCUGUUACCUCUACAAAGGUGACUGAGAGGGAGAUGAUCCUGGUCAACGGCGUGCCUGUGCAGCUGGUGGGGGAGGAUGGGGAGGCACGCUGAAGGCAGCGUUGCUGGCGGGGAGGUUGCCAGACCAAGCGCUGGUGAACCGGGUGCUGGCCUCCGUACUGGGUGCUGAGUUACGAGGAGUCACCAAAGUGGAGAGUA